CAGAAAUCCUGCAACAAAAGACGUUUCUUCGACCAAACCAAAGAGGGGUGACAUCAUCAUGGAUAUUUUUGGAGGUGCUCCUCGUGUUUUGGGCUACCCACGCCCUGUGGUGGCACAAUGCGGCACAGAUGCCACACUGAGGUGCCUAAUUGAUGGGGACCCUCGGCCUGAUGUAAUCUGGGAGCGUAAAAACGUCCAGAUCUUGUCUGAAGGACACUACAGGCUCUCUGAGGAGGGAAAAGCUUACAUGCUGACCAUUAUUGGCGUAACCUUGCAGGAUGCUGGCCAGUAUAUUUGCAAGGCCAAAAACAGCAUAGGGGAAACCUAUGCAGCAGCCUCCCUCAAAGUGGAAGGUGAGGCUCAGCGACAGGAAGGGGAACAAAGGCAAUUAGGGGUCAAUGGUGUAAAGCAACCAAUGACAGAACUGAGAGAAUUCCAAGGACAUCUGAAUGGUUACUGCACAGUGCAAAACGGUGAAUGUGUGAAAGAAAAUGGAGCCAGUCUGAAUGAAGAGCACAAGUGGAACAGCAAGAACAACGAACAAGAGGAGGUUGAUUUAACAUCUGACGAUAAACCACGAUUUCUCAUCAAGCCCCUUUCUCUGCGCGUAGAUCGAGGUGAAGAUGCUGCUUUCUCCUGCAAAAUCUGGGGUACUCCUCUGCCCGAGGUUACAUGGGAGAAAGAUGGGAAGAAGCUGAAUGACAUCUUUGAGAGUGCACACUUCAGUGUGAGUAAUCAAGAUGGUGGCUGGUUCCAGCUUAAGAUCUACAGGACGCGCAUGCCAGAUAAAGGUGUUUACACCUGCAGGGCCGUCAACUGUCACGGUGAGGCCUUGGCUGGCGCUGUCCUUCUUGUCGAGCCUGUACCCGAGCGAGAGGAGAGUAAAAUGUCCUCAAACGGUCACACUAACAGUCAGUGGUCACCAAAACACAGAGGCGGAAGGCUCAGUUUGUCGAGGCUUACAGAGGAGCCACCUGUCAACGCAUCGAAAGCCAAGAAGUUUGCAGUGGCAGAGGGGAAACAUGCCAAGUUUCGCUGCUUUGUGACAGGGAAGCCCAAGCCAGAGAUCAUUUGGAAGAAGGACGGGGUUCCCUUAGAGCCUGGGAGGCGUCAUCUGAUCUUUGAGGACAGAGAGGGAUACUACACGCUGAAGGUUCUCUACUGCAAAGUGCAGGAUACAGGACUGUAUGUGUGCGCAGCAUCAAACGCUCUUGGAAACACCCUCAGUGCUGUUCACCUGUCUGUCAAAGGUCCAGCUGUGCGGUUCAGGCGUCCACUAAAAGACGUCGAGGUGAGGGAGAGGGAUGUUGCAGUGCUGGAGUGCGAGGUACCCGAUGAGUCUGUCCCAUCCGCCUGGUAUCUGGAGGACCAGCGGCUGAUGCCGAGCAGUAAAUAUGGGAUGGAGCAGAAAGGAACCAAACGGAGACUGACUAUCCAUGAUGUUGGGACAGAUGACGAUGGAGUGUAUCUCUGUGAAAUGCCAGAUGGAGCAAAGAGCAUUGCAGAACUAUCAGUUAAAGGCACUAUUGUUCGGAAACUUCCCCGGAAACUGGAGGUCCUGGAGGGUGAGAACGCUGUGUUCUGCGUGGAGGUGGAGAACGACGACAUGGAGAUUCACUGGUUCAAAGACGGUUUUAAGCUACAUGAAACUCACCAGACAAUCCUGAAGUCUUUUGGCAAAACGCACAUUCUGGUCUUUGUCAAUGUGGCAUAUCAAGACUCGGGGGUAGUAACGUUUGUCACAGGGAGGUCCAAGACCUCAUCACGUCUCAAGGUCAAAGCCACAAGACACUGUCCUCCUAUCUGCCCUGUGGAAGUCAAAAUGGAUGUGGAUCGACCCAACAGCGCCCUGCUCACCUGGGUUCCAGCCCCCAACAGCCAGACGUCCACCCGAUCCGUCUUUGUCGUGGAGAGACAAGAGGUGGGCUCCCAAGAGUGGCAGAAGUGUUUUACCUCAGAGACAGGCACUUCAGUUGAGGUCGCUGGCGACAGCGUGCCAUGCGAAGGCCACUACCGGUUCCGUCUCUGCUGCAUCAACAAAUACGGGCGAAGUGGCCAUGUGGAGUUUCCCAAAGCUGUCCAUCUGGUUCCUGGGCCAAAGAUUCAAAGGUGUCUGAAAGGCUGUGAGGUUGUGGAAGGAGAGGAUGCUCACUUCUCCAUCGAACUGUCUGCCACAAUGGCUGGAACCUGGUUUCUUAAUAGUGCUCAACUGCAGCAUGGCGGACGAUAUUCAAUACAACAGUCCCAAAAACAGCACUUAUUGGUCGUCCAUGAAAGUCGCACCACAGAGGACGCAGCCGAGGUCACGUUUAUAGCUAAUGGAGUCCGGGAUUCAGCUGUGCUCAAAGUUAAACCUGCCGUGGUAAAAUUCAGUCCUCUGUCAGACUCGGACAGCAAUAAGAAAGUGGACAUUGGCGAUGCCAUUGUACUGUACUGUGAAGUGUCCCAUCCCUUUGCAAAAGUAUCCUGGUUCAAAGAUGGCAAGGAGCUCCAGGUGGACGAUGGACUCAACAUCCAGUCAGAUGGGAACAUGAGAAGGAUUGUGAUUCAUUCAGCUGAUGCGUCUCACUCUGGAGUUUAUACAUGUGAAACAUUAGGAGAUGUCAUCAAAUUCACUGUGGAUGUCGCAGGUCCUCCCGUGGAGUUCACGCCGGUUCCAGAGGAGGAACUCCAUAAGAGCAGCAUGGAGCUGGACCCUGUGGUGCUGCUUUGCCACGUCUCCACAGAUGAUGCCAAAGUUGUGUGGUAUAGGGAUGGGUGUGAGAUCCAGCCCAGUGACAACAUUACUCUGCAGGCAGAGGGAACCAUGAGGAGGCUGAUCAUCCGCUCUGCAGAAACCUCAGAUGCUGGCAACUACAUCUGCCAGGCAGGAAACAACAGCAUUGAGUUCACAGUCAAUGUCAGAGAACCUCCGGUGAUGAUUGUGGAACCUAAAGAUGAUAUUGUGAUGGAGAGUUGCAUCUCAGAGGACAUCCACCUGCAGUGCGAGUUGUCUCGUUCCAGUGGGAAGGUGCGAUGGUUCAAGGACGGUCAGGUGGUGGAGGAAAGCGACAAAGUCCAGCUGAUAUCUGAAGGACCUUACAGGAGGCUGACCAUCCUAAACAGCUCGGUUGAGGAUGGUGGAGAGUAUGUCUGCGAAACAGAUGGUGACUCUGUCUUUUUCCAGCUUACUGUAAAGGAACCACCGAUCACAAUCAUUUCACCCAGUGAAUCGGAACUGGAACUGACACAUUUGGCCCCUGAGAGGCUGGAGCUCAGCUGUGAGAUCUCCCAGGCAGACGCCCUUGUUCGGUGGUAUAGAGACAGCCUGGAGGUAGCAGAGGGUCCUAACUUGAUCCUGGAGGUGGAUGGGACGCUACGCCGGCUGGUUAUACCCCUGACCACUGUGGACGACACGGGGGAGUAUAUAUGUGACACUGAAGAUGACUCUGUGGCCUUCAUGGUGACUAUUAUAGAACCACCAGUGAAGCUUACACGUCCCCAAAACAUGUCUGACAAACUGGAGUGUUUAGCUGGCAAACCAAUUGUGCUGGAGAUCGAAGUGUCCCGGCCAAGUGCUGAAGUCCAGUGGUUGCUAAACGGCAGAGAAAUAGAGGUGAGCAGUAAUGUCACCACCACAGAGGACGGGCUCAUCCAUCGCCUGACCAUCCACUCGCCCACCCCAGAAGAUUCUGGCAAAUACACCUGUGAUGCUAUUGAUGAUAAAAUUGAUUUCCAGGUCAACGUUUCAGAGCCCCCAGUGAAGAUCCUAAGAAAGUCAGAGAUUAAGACAAAUCUUAAAUCCCUGAUUUCUGAUGACAUUGUCCUGGAAUGUGAGCUGUCAAGAGCCAAUGCCGUUGCCAAAUGGUACAAGAAUAAUUGUCGUGUUGAGGGAGAUGAAAGGUACUGUGAAGAGGAAGAAGGUGCUUUUCGCUCGCUGGUCAUCCUCAACGCUGAACUCGGAGACUCAGGAGAGUACUUUCUGGAUGUUGGAGAUGACAGCAUCAGCUUCCAGGUUACAGUAGAAGAGCCUCCAGUAAAAAUCGUGGGGAACUCAAACGACCUUGAGUACCAGGAGAUGGUGGCAGGAGACGAUUUGAUCCUGGCUUGUGAAGUGUCCCGUGCCAACGCCCCUGUCCAGUGGUACUGCAAUGACAGGCUGCUGACCAGUGACUCCCGUACUUACAUUGAGAGCUACGACACUCUGAGGAAAAUAAUCAUCUCCAAUAUCCAGCUCUCAGAUUCUGGGCACUACGUGUGUGACGCUACGGAUGACAAGAUGACCUGUGUUGUCAGGAUUCAAGAGCCUCCAGUUACUUUCAUUAACAAGGAGGAUGACAUUGUGGUGACGGGCUAUGAAGCAGAGAGUGUGACCUUGACAAGCUACGUGUCCAAGGAAAAUGCUCUAGUGCGUUGGCUGAAACACUGGACACCUGUUGAGGGCGAGCGUUUCCGAGCACUCAUGGAGGGCCAUAAGCGCACCCUUACCAUCGAGCCUUUGAGACGCUCUGAUGCUGGCGAGUACACCUGCGAUGUCAACACGGACCAGAUCCACUUCAGCUUGCUGGUGAAAGAAAUGAGAAUCAAGUUUGUGAGGCCACUCCAAGACACUGUGGCCCAUGCUGACGGUAUGGUGACCCUUCGCUGCGAGCUGUGCAAGCCAAAGGCAGACGUUCAGUGGCUGAAGAAUGGCGUGGAGGUGGCGGCAAGCAGGAGGUUCUCCAUUCGGGCAGAUGGAACUGAGCGAAGCUUGACCAUCCACCGUUUAACCAGGGAGGAUGCUGGGGAGUAUGCCUGCGAGUCACGAGAUGAUCGCACUGUGGCGAUGCUGAAAGUAGAGAUGCCUCGAGUGGUGGAGUUCCUUACAGAGCUCCACAACACCACCGUGCUGGAAGGAGAAGACGCCACCUUCAAGUGUGUCGUUUCACCUGAGAAUGUCCAGUUGGUGUGGCUCAUGGACAAUGAGCCCAUCACCCUUGGCGAUCGUUUCCAGGCAAAUCAGAAUGGCCUGUGCCACACCUUGGUGAUCAAGAAAUGCCAGAUGCUGGACUGUUCAAAGAUAACAGCAGAGGCUGAGGGACAAAUAAGCAAAGCCAGCCUCAAAGUUCAGGAGGCUCAAAUUAUGUUUACUAAGAAAAUGGAGGCUGUCAUGGCAGAAGAGUUUGGCGACGCCACCUUGGAGACAGAGAUCAGCCUCGAGACAGGAGAGGUCCAAUGGAUGAGGCAAGGGGUGGUCAUCCAGCCCGGUCCCCGUCACACGCUGGCCCAGAACGGCUGUAAGCGCAGCCUGACCAUCCGAAAUCUGACUCUAUCAGACCGGGGAACCUAUCGCUGUGAGACUUUGCAUGACCGGACACAGGUCAAGCUAAAUGUAGAACCCCGUAAAAUCUCUAUCCACAAAGGCCUAACUAAUCAAGAAACCUUUGAACGAGAGACUGCCUCCUUCGAGGUGGAGCUCUCCCACACAGAUGUGGAGGGCAUUUGGCAGAAAGAUGGUAUACGGGUGAAACCGAACAACCAGUGGCGGGUGAGCACCAAUGGACGAGUCCACGGCCUCACCCUGUCCAACCUCAGCCUGGAGGACACGGGCACUAUUGUCUUCUCGGCUGAAGGGGUUCGCACCACUGCCAGGCUCACUGUCAAAGAGACCCCGGUGUCUAUCCUGAGAGCGCUAACCGAUGUCCGUGUGGAGGAAGACUUUCCUGCCACUCUGGAGUGCGAGUUCUCCAGACAAAUCAUCGAAGUCAAGUGGCUUAAGGACGGGAAGGAGCUGAAGCCAGGAAAGAACUGUCGGAUCUACUCCAUGGGCCGGAAGCGGUUCUGUCAGAUCAUGCAGUGCUCCCGGGCUGACUCUGGGACCUACACAUGUGAUACAGGAGAAAUCAACACUUCCUGUUCACUGGAGGUUUAUGAGCAUAAGUUGGAGAUAGUACAUGAUCUGGAGGACCUUUACAUUCAGGAGGACCAGAAUGCUGUCUUCAUGUGUGAGGUUUCUCUGGAGGAGGUGACUGGGGAGUGGUACAAAGACGGCCACAAGAUCCGGCCCACUAGUACCAUCAAGAUCCGCACUGAAGGGACCAAACACUUCCUAUUGAUGUGUAAUGUCAAAGCUGAAGAUGCUGGGGAGAUCCGUUUUGUCGCCAGGGAUGUCGAAUCCAUUGCAUACCUUGAGGUAGAAGAGCUCCCCGUUUCCAUUGUAAAACCCCUGCGAGAUCGCACAGCCCUGGAGAAACACCGUGUGAUCCUUGAAUGCACCGUUUCCUCGCCUCGCUGCAGUGCCACCUGGUACAAGGGCAAGGAGGAGCUGGUUCCCUCAGACAGAGUGGAGAUCUUGGCUGACGGCUGCUCUCUAAAACUGGUGAUCCAGCACGUGGUUGUGGAGGAUGAGGGCACCUACAGCAUCAUGGUUGGGGAGCACACAUCCAAAGCCAAACUGAUGGUGGAAGCCCAAGCCCUUGUAAUGGUCAAAGAGUUAAAGAAUGUGGAGGUAAAUGAGUCUGAGCCCGCGUCUUUCCAGUGCGAGGUGUCCGUCGCCAUAAACAAGCCUCCUGUCUGGGCUCUGAAUGGAGAGACGCUUCAGCCCGGGCCCUCUGUCCGCCUGGAAAACCACGGGACGGUACACAAACUCACCCUGAAAAACACCAGUGCGGACAUGAGCGGGGUGGUGAAGUUCACCAUGGGCAAGGCCAAGAGCAGCGCCACGCUCAGUGUCAAGUAAACCAAAAGAAGGAAAAGCAAGUGACUCUGAGAAAGAAAGAAAGAAAGAAAGAGACUGUAAAUAUGGGAGAUGCUCAACUCACCUAAAACUUUACAACAGCCAUUGGUCAUGUUUGGAUGGCCUGCAUUUCCCUGAGCUGAGGUUAUUUCAAAUUGAGGAUUUUCAGUGAAGGCAGCAGAAGCAUUUUAAACAUGAUGCAUAUUAUUACAGUCACGUUAUUCCUUUUAUUUUAUUCUUUUUUUUUUUACAGAAUAGAUUAUAUUUAUUUGCCUGAUUAAGAUUUCUAGGUGACUUUACAUUGUUGUAAUCUGAUUCUGAUGACAAUCGCCCCAAAAUAAAACACAAGAUUACAGU